AUGACAGAUUUCAUUAUUGGUACAUGCUAUCCAUUUUUAACUGGUUGUUAUCGUAGCCCAUCAUCAAUAUGUCUCGAUUGGCGUGAAAUAUGUGAUGGUGAUUUUGAUUGUAUCAAUGUAGAAGAUGAGGAAUUGUGUCAAAUAUUAGAAGUAAAUGAAUGUUCUGACAAUGAAUAUUGAUGUCACUUCGGUGGUCAAUGUAUUCCAUUAAUAUUUGUUCGCGAUGGACAGAUAAGUGUAGA